AUGUUUGGAGAUCAAGCGUUCAAGUUGGCGACGGAGGCCAAGGCGUGUUUGAACCUAGACAGUGUCAAGCCGUACAACGAUGAGCUGAUUCGCGCGCUCAUAUUGGAGACCAAGCAACUGCAUGCGCAUCUGACGACAUUGCUGUCUACGCUCGAGGAUUCUGCACAGCAUACAGCCGUCGAGGUGGCUGGGUUGCAAUCACAACUGCUCAUGCUUCACCUUAUCAUAUCGUACAACAAACGGUCUCUGCUGAUAUACCACAACGUCCGACUAGACCUUGUCAUGUCCCACCUCUCGCGUCACUCGUUCUCUCUACGCAUUCUCUUCUCCCACCACCCGGCGCUGCGUACCGCACUCUCCGCCAUCGAACACGACCACCUUCGACGCUACUCGGACCUCAUCCAUCGAACCAAACUCUCGUACCUCAACCUCUCGCCCAGCCUGAAACUCGACAUCGCAGAUACCCAAGUCUUCGAACCGCUCCCCACAGACCCGCUCGUCACUGUCAAGGUGAAUCGAGACCUCAACGAUAUCUGGCUCACCUCUUCCCAAUCCGCACCCACUUCAAUGCGCAAAGACCAAACGCUCACCAUCAACAGAGCUGACGUCCGACCGCUCAUCGCAAGAGGCUGGCUUACUGUACUAGACGACCCCCGAUAG